GCGCGGAGAGGAUGCGGAGGCGCUACGGCAACGAUACAGGGCCCUCCUCCUGGGCGGUGCUGACAACGACGCGGCUGAGGCUACCAAGACCAAGGGACGCGUGGGCGGCAAGAGUUGGCUAGGAAGCGAGGAUGAGGAAGAUGAUGAGGAGGAGGCGGACGGAGGGCGGCGGAACGGUUCAGGGCAGCCGAGCACUAGCGGGCGGAAAGCCGGCAAGGGCGCUGCGGCAGCAGCAGGGGCGGCAGGUUUCGCAACGAAUGGCGGCAAGAAGGGCGACGUGGACAUGGUGGUCACCUUCCACGGCGGUUUGGAGGGGCUCGGGGAGCGGUUGAAGAAGAAGAAGGAGGAGGAGAAGGCGCGGGCGGGCGAGACGGUGUGGGAGGCGUACCUCCGGAAGAAGAAGGAGAAGCGAGCGCUACGCAAGGCGCAAGGGCGGCUACGAAAUCUGAGCGACAGCGAGGAUUCGGACGACUACAUUUCCGAGGGUGAGGACGACGGAGCUGCUGCCGCCGGCAAGGGAGCGUCCAAGAAGGCCAGCAAGGACGCUGCUGCCAGCAAGGGGCGAAAAGGCAGCCGCGGUGGUGCUGAUGACGGUGAUGAUGACUUGUACGGAGAUGUGGCUUCUGACGACCCCUUCUUCCAACAAGACAACGGGGAGGAUCCCUUUGCGGAUCCAUUCUUCAACCAGGCCGACGCCGAAGGAGGCGGAUUUGAUGACGAUGAUGGAGACGAGGAGGGCGGCAAGGGGCGGGCCGCUGCAGGCGGCGACAAGGGCAAGGGGCGCAAGGAGGCCGGCAAGGCGGGUAAAGACAAGGACAAGGGCGGCAAGAAGGCGGGCAAGGACAAGGCAGGCGGCCAGGCCCAAGAGAAGGCCGAUCUGGAGCUGCUGCUAAUGGACGAUGCGGCUCUUCGAGAGGCCGCCCGGGGGGUGAAGUCCCGGGUGCUGCCGGCGGGACAUGACGCGGCGGAGGCGGGAGGCGGCAAGCGCAAGUUGACCAAGAAGGAGAAGCGCGAGCAGAAGAAGGAGGCCAAGCGGAAAGCGCGGGCAGGCAGCGAUGAGGAGGAUGCGGCGGGCGACGGCGAGGCGGCUCCGGGCUUUGCGAUGAACAUGGAGGACCCGCGCUUUGCGGACAUGUUCCGAAGUGCAGAGUAUGCGUUGGAUCCGACCGACCCACGGUUCAAGAAGAUGGAGGCAAGAGACAAGGUGCUUACGGAGGUGCAGAAGCGCCGCAGUCAACAGCCGGCUCCGCAGCAGCAGCAGAAGCAGGCGAACGGCGGCGUCGCGGGCGCAGACGAGGAGCAGCAACAGCAGCAGCAGCAGCGGAGAGAAGGCGGUGGCGACCUGCGCAUGAUGGUCGCUAAGCUGAAGCGCAAGGCCGAGGCGCAGCAGGAGAAGCAGCGGGCUUUGGCGCUUGGAAAGGGCCCGAAGAAGGCGCGGUUGUGAGGAUGAUGAUGGGGAUGGUGAUAGAGAUAGCGUCGAUGAUGCUGUGAGCAAGCGCUGUUUUUUACUGUAGAAGGAGGUGAGAAGGAUGGAAGAGCUGGGUAGAGCUGGGAGCGAGCGAGAGGAAGGCUAACGUCUAAGGCGUUCGACAUCCCUUAAGAUGUAAGGAGUAAGGAUGGCUCUGAAAGAAAUUGACUCUGAAAAGAUAGCCGCUUGUAACGCGCAUCAG